GAACAACAAGAGCCAACGACUUACCACAUUCUUUCACUGGCCCUGGGUUCAUCUCUUUCGAGCCCCCGUCAUAGACAAGCGCUCACAUACCCAUCUCAAACACAUUGCGGCCAUGUCAUUUAAGCAGAAAGACAUCAAGACAUAUCGGGAGGAUGAGAAGUCCGGGCAUAGGAAGCUUGGGGCAGAGGCACGGGAGGAGCUAGUUAAGAACUAUCUUCCCACGCCUCCAUCCACAUCCCGCCAGCGAGCCAACAGUCGCGUGAGGAAACAAGAUUCAUCGCGCUUCGGCGUCAGGAGAUUCUUAAAAGCGCAGUUAUACGCACUUCUGUACCUCGUUAUCCACGCCAUCUUUUCACUCUACAUCCGUAUUCGCAUCGCCUGUCAUGCCGUCUCCAACCGCCUUGUAGCCAUUCUCAAGCACCAUUACAACUCGCCCGAGUACAUAGCCCGUGACGUGGCUACGCUGAAGAGAAUACCUGACCAUGUCAGCAUAAUACUGACCCUCGAAAAUGGUGGAAAGGGCGAUGCUUUAGAGAAAUUGGUCAACGAGGUAUCCGAGGUGGCAGCAUGGUGUACUGCCGCUGGCAUUCUCAAGCUGUCAGUAUACGAAAAGACAGGUAUUUUGAAAAGAUACAUGACUCAAACGCAUCGUAGCGUGAGCCAUCGUCUUAAGAUCUGGUUUGGCAAACAUCAGGCGCCGCCUGUUGCGCUUUUCGCUCGAGGUGCAUCUGCUGUGCGAUCACAUAGCCGCCACGGCUUGGAACUCAUCCUCAUUUCUGAGGAUGAUGGCCGCGAAGCUAUGGUAGACCUUACGAGGGUCUUGACUGAGAUGGUACAAAAGGAGAAGAUCACUGCCAAAGACAUUACUAUGGAUGUAAUUGACAACGAAUUAUCAGAGGCCGUGAUGAGCGAGCCAGACCUACUAAUCUCGUUUGAGCCGUACGUCGAUCUGCAGGGUUAUCCGCCGUGGGCUAUACGUUUGACCGAAAUCUAUUGUGCCCCUGAUAAUCACGGGGUAGGGUAUCAGCUAUUCCUACAAGCGCUUCGGAAAUACGCACAAGCAACUUUCAAGCUAGGAAAGUAAAGUUAAUGUUGAACCCCUGCGGAUCUGUUCAAUGGGUACGGAAUAGGUGCAUAGGCGCAUUAGGUGUUAGAUGCUAUAGUUA